GAGAACGUCCCGAAGGCGACAUCGGUGCCCGAGGGGGAGAAGGAGAGCGGACAGGAGCUGAAGGAGGAAUGUGACCCCCAGGCGACAUCGGUGCCUGAGGGGGAGGAGAGUGGACAGGAGCUGAAGGAGGAUGGGGCUCCCCAGGCGACGUCGGUGCCCGAGGGGGAGAUGGAGAGCGGACAGGAGCUGAAGGAGGAAGGUGACCCCCAGGCGACGUCGGUGCCCGAUGGGGAGAUGGAGAGCGGACAGGAGCUGAAGGAGGACGGCGGCCCCUCCUCAUCGCUGGACUCCAGUGACCAAGCAGGCAGAGGUGGCCCAGCCCAGCUCCCAGUCCUGGAAGAGCCAAAAAAGCAAAAGGAAGAAGCAGAAGAAAAAGAACCAAAAGGCGUCCGUUUCCAAAGGGCUGGAGUCCCUGUCCGCCUCCCCCUCCACGCCUGGUAGCCUCCAAUCGCUGGCAGACCCUGGGGUCCAGGACGCAGCCCCGCCCCAGAGCCCCGCUCAGCAGGGUGGGCCCCCCAGCCAGCCGCUGGGCGGAGGGUGUCCCCAGGGCCAGGCCUCUGGGGCCGCAGAGGCAGCCUCGGCAGGAGAGUCUCCAGGCAGCGCAGCACCCCAGGACCAGACCCCAGGAGGUGCCCCCCCAGGAGGGAAGGACCAGGAGGGGGCCGGGCCCCCCGCCUCCGCCAGUGGGAAGGAGGGCGCUGCCCAGGAGCUCCCGCCACCCACACUGCAGGGGGACCCCUUGGAGCCCAGGAAUGAGCCGCCCGCCAUGGGGCAGCAGGCCGCGCCCCCCGCUUCCGGGGCGACUGACGCGGCAGCCGAGCUGGUGGAGCCAGCGGAGGGGACUGAGGUCCAGCGUGAGACGCAGACACUGAAGCAGAAACCGAAGCAGAAAGCGAAGCCGCCCGGCGCCCCUGCCAGCCCCCCUGCCGCCCCGGAGCACGGCCAGGAAGCUGAACCCAAAGGCAAGGCUGCCGUUUCUGGGGAGAAAGCCAAGCCGGGAGACGUGAAGAAGCCUGACCGGGGCCACGGGGGCGACGUGGCCGCCCCGAAGGGCGAGGGGGCCCAGAAGGAGCUGAAAGCCGACGCGCAGGAGAUGCCGAGCAGCCCCCUGAGCCCCGGCGAGGGCGUCACGGUGUUCUUCCACGCCAUCCUCUCCAAGGACUUCAACUUCGACCCCGACCAGCACCGGCUGUUCAUCCGGGGCGGAGAAGAGCUGGGGACGCCAGGAUGGAGGCUCAACGUGUGCGAGCUGCACGCCGCCAAAAUGUUAGACACGCACGGGGUCCUCGUGGAAGGCAGCGCCGUGCUGCCCAAGCGGCUGCUGGACCGGCCCGCGCCCUACAAGUACGUGGUCGUGAAGGGCAAGGAGGCCACGCUGCACGAGUUCAUCUACAAGCCCCAGGACAAGGAGAGCAAGCAGCACGUCAACCGCUGCCUGCGCCUGCGGUCCGCGCUGCUGGGCUCCGGAGACUGGCACCAGUAUGACGACAUUAUUUGCAAGCGGCCCGAUGGGAAGCUCCGGGAAAUCUGGAAUAACUUCAAGGACCAUUUCGUGGACCAGAUGAAGAAGAACGUGAAGGGGAAGCAGCUGGCGGCCUCCAUCAUGCUGGACCGCGUCCUCAGCGUCCUGCAGCCCUGGAGCGCCGUCAACCUGAGCAGCUUCUUCACGCAGUUCCGCCAGUUCUACUCCGUGGUCAGCGAGCCCAUGGUGUACGAGGCGCAGGCGCAGCCCUGGACCUCCCUGAACUACCCCAAGGAGCAGGUGAGGGCACACCUGUGGGAGUGUUUGCAGAAGCACAUGGCGCCGUUCCUGGAGAGGCGGGAGGACACGCUGCCCCCGGACGCCCCCGUGAGGAGGAAGCUGAGGAUGGGCCUGAUCGCCCUGCACGUGGCUGAGGAGCUGGAGCUCCAGCUCUCGGGGUGCGACCUGGGCGCCCUGUGCGACCUCCUGUGCCCCAGCGCCAGCUCCGCCCGCGACCUCGACGACGACCUCAGCCUCAUCUUUGAAACACAUCAAAGGUGGCAAGACUACCUGCUGAGGCUGUGCCGCAGGGGCAUGGAGCUGUACGUGGACUCCUGGGUGGGCAUCCUGCCCGUGCUCCACCUAUGCUCGGGGCCGCGCCCCCCAACCCGGCAGCCCGGGACUCAGCCCGAGGACGUCUGGGCGGCCCUGGAAGGAAUCUCCUUCUCGGAGUUCCGGCGGAAAAGGGCACAUGAGAAGGAGCACUUACUCCAGUUCAUGGUGGGGAAGAAGCACCUGCUGGAUGUGGACGAAGCCCUGUUCCGGUCCUGGUUCAGCCUGCUGCCCCUGAGCGGCCUGGCCACCUACCUGCAGGAGUUCACCGACCACCUGACUCGCUUUCCGGCGCGCGUCCUGGACUGUCUGCAGGGCACCUGCUACCGGCUGCAAGGACUCAAGGACGCCCUCCUCGGAGACCUGGAGGACGUUGACGAGAUGCUGAAAACGCUGCUGCACCUGCUGGACAUGUUUCAGGACCAGGUCCUCGAGGCGCCCUCGGUGCCGUCCUACCUCACCGUGUGCCUGAAGCUGCACGAGGCCGUCUGCAGACUCGCCAAAGGCCCGAUGCCUCACCAGCGGCCCGAACUGCCCGCCUCGUCUGCAGAGAUCGUCUGCCGCGUCAUCAGGCUGAAACCGGUGGCGGACUCCGCAGAGGUGCAGGGCAGCGACACGGGAACCAGGACCUCCGUGAGGGGCGUGGUCCAGGGAGCCCUGAGCACCACAAGGGCGUGGCUCGGGAGGACGUUCAAGCAGAACAUGUUCCGCAGCUUCUAUGCCGCAUCCGUCAGGUUCACCUACAGCGAGGAGAUCCAGGUGUGGCGGCGGCUGGUGGAGAUCCCCUUCCCGGAGGAGCACGGCUGGAAGGCGUCCUUGCUGGGGGACCUGGCGGCGCGGCUCAAGCAGGAGUCGCCGCACGCGCAGAUCUCCGCCUACUGCAGCCCCGACUGGGCGGCCGCGGGCGCCGACGACAGCGUGUCCAGGUGCUUCGAGAACUGCGUCAUCGAGGCCGUCAGCUCGGCCUGCCAGUCGCAGCUCAGCAUCCUGGAGGGAGUCCCUCACAGCGACCUGCGGAGGUUCGGGACCCUCGUGUCCGCUGUGGUCACCAAGUCCUGGCCCAGGCGCCACGGGGAGGCCGUGGACGACCUGGCGGAGGUGCUGAGGUACCUGCUCACGUGGCCAGACGUCACGCAUCUCUUCAAGCUCUACGGCACCGACGAGAAGGUCCUGGCGCACAUCACGGAGGAAGGCAAGAAGCUGAUGGCGACGGCCGACUCGAUCUUCACCAAGGUGGCCGAGGACCUGCUCGGCGGCGCCGUGCUGGUGGGGCAGCUGGAGCUGAUCUGGAGUCACAGGGCGCGGUUUCUUGACAUCUGGGAGCUCAAGAGAAAAAGUCUUUCGCCGCAGGAGAGAAAACACGAUAUGGAGAAAGUGCUGGACUACAGGUGGGAGGAGCUGCAGUUCCUGCAGGAGGAGCGGCGCCGGGUGGACAGCCUGCUGAAGCUGUGCGAGGCGGCCAAGCGCUGGGUGGAAGUGGACUGCGGAGAGAUCGCCAAGAGACACGCGGAGGACCUGGGCGGGAAGCGCCUGAACGAGGCGGUGAUGGCGCGGCUGUCCCCCACCUCCGGCGCCAUGGAGAGGGUGACGCACUACAACCUGAGCGCCCCCGUCCGAAAAAUGGCCGCGAUGAUGGACUCGCUCAAGGACAGCCACGUCUUCCGGACCUUCUGGGCAGAGGCCGCUCGGGCGGAGGGCACGCAGGAAGAGGAGGAGGAGGAGGAGGAGGCGGCGGGGCCGGGGCCGCUCCUGGACAUGGAGGAUGCCUAUGCCGCCCUGUACCUUCCCUGCCUCGCCAAGUUCGGGAAGCUGUACGCGGACCUGAAGGCCGGCGAGCUCACCUUCGGGGAAGUGCACGCCAUCUUCAGCGACUUCGUGGAUAAAUACGAGGACCUCGCCUCCGACCUCCGCGUCAUGCGGGUCCUGGACCCCAGCGACCCGGGGGGUUGGAUCCAGGAGCGAGUGGGGCAGGUCAGGGAGUACCAUCACCUGCAUCGGUCUGCCAGGGCGGCCAAGGUCAUCUUGGAGGUCAAAGAGGCCUUGGGCCUGACCGGGGACUUCAGUCUUCUCGACUUUGUACUAAGAAUCACCGACGCCUUCGAGAACUCUCGUGGUGAAAAACUGGGCCAGAUCAACAGGCAGGUCAUCCUUGCCAUCAAGCUGCUGCGGGACCUGGACGAGGCCCGGUGCCGGUGUCUGCAGGAGCUGGCCCUGGCCAGGGAGUUCGUCCCCUGGGUCCGCGAGGCUGUCGAAGGGGUCAACGAGCUGAAGGUGUUUGUGGACCUGGCGUUCAUCUUCGCGGGGGAGAAUGACAUGGACGUGGACCGCGUGGCCUGCUUCCACGACGCCGUCCAGGGCUACAGCUCUCUGCUCUACAAGCUGGACGCGAGCCAAGGCUUCCAGGCGUUCGCGGAACACCUGAAGGAGCUGUGGAAGGCGCUGGACAACGACCCGCACCUGCCCAGUAAGCUGCGGGACUCCGCCCGGAACCUGGGGUGGCUGAAGACGGUGAAGGAGAGCCACGGCUCAGUGGAGCGCUCGUCGCUGACACUGGCCAGAGCCAUCAACAGCAGGGGCACCUAUGUGAUCCAGGCGCCCGCCGAGGGCCAGCAGAUCUCCCCAGACACGGUUCUACGCUUACUCCUCCCCGAGAGCCACAAGGGCCGCCGGGAGCUGCGCAGUUACUCCCUGGAGGAGCUGAAGGAGCUGAUGAACAAGCUGAUGCUCAUGUCGGGCAAGAAAGACCACAACAGUGCUGACGUGGAGGAGUUCUCCGAGGUGUUCUGCAACGUGCAGAGGCUGGUGCGGGCCUUCCUGAACCUGUACUCGGCCGGGAGCUUCCUGUUCCGGGCCUGGAAGGUGCAGGUGCACUGCGGCCAGCCCGAGCCCGUGCGCAUGCACUUCGCGCUGCCGCUGCUGAAGCCGCUGCGAGGGUGUGCGCCCCUGGCCCCGCUGCUGGAGCUGCUGUGCCGGCGGAUGGAGCGCUUCUUGGACCAGUGGGAGGCGGUCGUGGCGCAGCAGCGAGCGGAGCACUUUUACCUCAACUACUACACGGCCGAGCAGCUGGUGCACCUGAGCUCGGAGCUGGCGCGGCCGACGCCCGGGGCCACCGCCCUGGCCAUGCUGUCCUUCAUCAAACGCCAGUGCACCCCGCGGGACGUCGCGGAAGCCUUCAGGGACCCCCAUGGCGACGGUGGGGCCGCCACACACGAGCUGCAGACAGUGAUGGAGACAUUGCCCAUCCUGCUCCUCAGCGAGUCCGGCCUGGUGGACAAGCUGGGGGUCAUCAUGGAGCAGUUCCUGGGGUGCACGCGUGCCUUCCUGCCCCACUGCCUGGACCUCGAGGCCCUGGGCCGUGGCCUGGCACGCCUGGCAGCCAGGGGCGGGCCCCCCGUGAUGCGGAGGCUCCCCAAAGGCCUGCGGGCCGGCCAGCCCAACCUCAUCGUCUGCGGCCACUCAGACGUGCUGCCGGCCGCCCUGGCCGUCUACAUGCAGAGCCCGGAGCAGCCGCUGCCCACCUACGACGAGGUGCUGCUGUGCACGCCGGGCACCGCGUUCGAGGAGGUGGCGCUGCUGCUGCGCCGCUGCCUGAGCCCGGGCGCCCCCGGCCGCGGCGUGUACAGCCUGCUGUUCGCCGACCAGCUGGGCUACGAGGUGGCCCGCCGGGCGGAGGAGCUGCUCCAGACCCUGCGCACCCGGCCGCACCGGGAGGACUUCCAGCUCGUCCUGGUCUGCGACAGCGAGCGGGAGCACUGCUACCUGCCCUCGGCCUUCAGCCAGCACAGGGUCCCCGCCACCCCCCAGGCACCCCCUGAGGCCGCCCGGGCCUACCUGGCGCAUCACUACCAGGUCCCCCGGGGGACCCCGUCGGCUGCCGCCGCCUUCAGGGACCGGAUGUGUGUGGGGAUCGUGGCCUCCGCGAGAGCGGGUGUCGGAAAGUCUCUCUACGUGAAGCGAUUGCACGAAACUCUGCAAAGGAAGUUUCCUAGGGAGGAAGUGCCUCUCAAAGUCAUUCGCUUGAUGGACCCGCAGGUGGAUGAGAGCCAGGUCCUGGGCUCCCUGCUGCCCUUCCUGGACCCCAAGUGUCAGACGAGCCCCGCGAUGUUCCACCUGGAUGUGACCUCCUCGGUGCAGGCUGGGGUCUGGGCGUUUCUCUUCAAGCUCCUGGUGCUGCAGCACUUAAUGGACUCAAACGGGAAAAUGUGGCUCCGGAGCCCGAGCCACUUGUACGUCAUCGAAAUCCUGGAAGGGCACUCGGCGCUGCCUACGAGGCCUUCCAAGCUGAGGACACGCGCCCCCCAGUUUAGUCUGCUGGACGUCUUCCCCAAGGUCACCUGCCGGCCCCCCAAAGAAGUGAUGGAAAUGGAGCUGAGCCCCGAGCAGCACUGCAGGGAGCCGGGCAUGGACCCCGCCGAGUUCUGCAGCGAAACCUUCCAAAGACCUUUCCAGUAUCUGAAGCGGUUCCAUCAGAAUCAGAACCUGGACACGUUCCAGUACCAGAAGGGCCGGGUGGAGGGCACCCCCCAGGAGUGCCUGCAGCACCUGCUCUUGUACUGCGGGGUGCUCGACCCGUCCUGGGCGGAGCUGCGCAACUUCGCCCGCUUCCUGAACUGCCAGCUCAGGGACUGCGAGGCCUCCAUCUUCUGCGACCCCGUGGCGGUCGGGGACACGCUGCAGGGCUUCAAGAACUUCGUGGUGACCUUCAUGAUCUGCAUGGCGAGAGACUUCGCCACCCCGACGCUGCGCAUGUCGGACCAGAGCCCCGGGACGCACGCGGUCGCCAUGGACGGGGUCACCGAGGAGGACAUCGCUCCGUUCUCUCUCCGCCGGCGGUGGGAGUCGGAGCCCCACCCGUACCUGUUCUUCAACGGGGACCGCGUCUCCAUGACCUUCAUCGGCUUCCACCUGGUCCCCACUGAGAAGGGCACCUUCGACGCCGUGGACCCCGCGAACAAGAGGGUGAUCAAGAGGGACGUGCUGACGAAGGAGCUGUACCAGGGGCUGCUGCUGCAGGGCGUGCCCUUCAACGUGGACUUCGACGCGCUGCCCCGGCACGAGAAACUGGAGCGGCUCUGCCUGGCGCUGGGCGUCCAGUGGCCCGUGGACCCCGACGAAACCUACGAGCUCACGACGGACAACAUGCUGAAGAUCCUGGCCGUGGAGAUGCGCUUCCGCUGCGGGAUCCCCGUCAUCGUCAUGGGGGAGACGGGCUGCGGGAAGACCCGGCUCAUCCGCUUCCUCAGCGAGCUGCGGCGCGGGGGCGCCGACGCCGAGACCCUGCAGCUGGUCAAGGUCCACGGCGGCACGAGCGCCGACAUGAUCUACGGCAAAGUCCUGGCGGCGGAGGCCCUCGCCCAGCUCAACAGCAGCGAACACGGGCUGGACACCGUCCUGUUCUUCGACGAGGCCAACACCACGGGCGCCAUCAGCUGCAUCAAGGAGGUGCUGUGCGACCGCACGGUGGGCGGCCAGCCGCUGGCCGAGGACUCGGGCCUGCACGUCAUCGCGGCCUGCAACCCCUACCGGAAGCACUCCCCGGAGAUGAUCGCCCGCCUGGAGGCGGCCGGGCUGGGCUACCGGGUGCGCGCGGAGGACACGGCGGACCGGCUGGGCUCCAUCCCGCUGCGGCAGCUGGUGUACCGCGUGCACGCGCUGCCGCCCAGCCUGGUGCCCCUGGUGUGGGACUUCGGGCAGCUCAACAACGCCACGGAGAGGACGUACAUCCAGCAGAUCGUGCGGAGGCUGGUGGGCGACACCCCCAUCGGCCCCGGCGACACGCGCGUCAUCGCCGACGUGCUCUACGCCUCCCAGUGCUUCAUGCGGAGACGGGAGAACGAGUGCAGCUUCGUCAGCCUGCGGGACGUGGAGCGCUGCGUGCGGGUCUUCCGCUGGUUCUACGACCACAGCGCGAUGCUCCUGUCCAAGCUGCCGGCCUCCCACGGCGGGCCCAGCGGUGACAGCCCCGAUGACUCCGACGCCGAUUCUGACGCUGACUCCGACGAGAGAGGCCCGGUGCUCUGGGCGCUGGUGCUGGCCGCCGGGGUGUGCUACCACGCCUCCCUGGAGAAGCAGGACGCCUACCGCAGAGCCAUCUGUGCGCUCCUCCCGCCGCCAUACGACAGCAGCAAGGCCGUGCUGGACGCCAUCACGCGGACGCAGGACCUCUUCCUGGAGGGCGUGUCUCUGAGGAAAACCGUCGCCAAGAACCUGGCCUUGAAGGAGAACGUCUUCAUGAUGGCCAUCUGCAUCGAGCUGAAGAUCCCGCUCUUCCUGGUGGGCAAGCCCGGCAGCUCCAAAUCUCUCGCCAAGACCAUCGUGGCGGACGCCAUGCAAGGCCCGGCCGCCCCCUCGGAGCUCUUCCGGAGCCUGAAGCAGGUCUACCUGGUGUCGUUCCAGUGCAGCCCGCACUCCACCCCGCAGGGCAUCGUGGGCACCUUCAAGCACUGCGCCCGCCUGCAGCAGGGCCGGGACCUGGAGCAGUACGUCUCCGUGGUGGUGCUGGACGAGGUGGGUCUGGCCGAGGACUCGCCCCAGAUGCCCCUCAAGGCCCUGCACCCGCUGCUGGAAGACGGGUGCAUCGAAGACGACCCCGCCCCCCACAAGAAGGUGGGCUUCAUCGGCAUCUCCAACUGGGCCCUGGACCCCGCCAAGAUGAACCGGGGCAUUUUCGUGUCCCGCGGCAGCCCCAGCCAGAGGGAGCUCAUCGAGAGCGCCCGGGGGAUCUGCGCGUCCGAGCCCCUCGUGCAAGAGAGAAUCCAAGCGUACUUCCGGCCCUUGGCCAGCGCCUACGAGGCGGUGUGCGCGAAGCAGGACAAGGAGUUCUUCGGGCUCCGAGACUACUACAGCCUCAUCAAAAUGGUCUUCGCCGCCGCCCAGGCCUCCAACAGGAGGCUCUCCCCGUGCGACAUCGCGCAGGCCGUUCUCCGGAACUUCAGUGGCAAAGACGAGAUCCAGGCCCUGGACAUCUUCGCCACCCACUUACCCGAGGCGAAGCUCCCCGAGGAGGCCAGCACCCUGCAGCUGAUCCGGCAGAACCUGUACAGCGACCUCCGGGGGGCGCCGGGCGCGGGGCCGGGAGACCCCGAGUCCCGCUACCUGCUGGUGCUGACCAGGAACUACGUGGCCCUGCAGAUCCUGCAGCGGACGCUCUUCGCCGAGGACCAGCAGCCCGAGAUCAUCUUCGGGUCCAGCUUCUCGCGGGACCAGGAGUACGCGCAGAUCUGCAGGAACAUCAACCGCGUGAAGAUCUGCAUGGAGACGGGCAAGAUGGUGGUGCUGCUCAACCUGCAGAACCUCUACGAGAGCCUCUACGACGCCCUCAACCAGUACUACGUCUACCUCGGGGGCCAGAAGUACGUGGACCUGGGCCUGGGGACCCACCGGGUCAAGUGCCGGGUGCACCCCGACUUCCGCCUCAUCGUCAUCGAGGAGAAGGACGUCGUCUGCCAGCAAUUCCCCAUCCCCCUCAUCAACCGACUGGAGAAGCACUACCUGGACCUCAACACGGUCCUGGAGAAGUGGCAGCGGGACCUCGUGCAGGAGCUCAAGGCCUGGGUGGACCAGUUCGUCACCGUCAAGGUGGCGCAGGGCCAGGCCCGCUACAGCCCCUCGGACGUCUUCGUCGGCUACCACGCGGACACCUGUGCCUCGGUGGUGCUCCAGGUCAUCGAGCGGCUCGGGCCCGGGGCCCUGAGCCACAAGUGUUACCAGAAGGUCCUGGAGGACGCCAAGCUGGUGCUGCUGGACUGCGCCACGCCCGACGCCAUCGUCCGACUCAGUGCGUCCGCGCUAGGCCAGUGUGCCGCGCAGGCCCUGUCGCGAGAAUACUAUUCCAGGCAGCAGCACGACUCCUUCGCCGACUUCCUGCAGGCUCACCUCCACGGGCCGGGCCCGGAGCACCGCCCUGUCUUCACGGAGGUCACCACUUUCUCCAGGCUGCUCACCAGCCACGACGGCGAGAUGCUGGGGUCGGAAGUGAACGGCAGGGCCCUGAACCCCACCAUCCUGUCGCUGCAGCAGUUUGACACCGAGCACUCGUUCCUCAAAGAAGUUCGAAACUGCUUGGCGAGCACGGCCGCACGGAAGAUCCUCAUCAUCCAGACGGACUUCGAGGACGGCGCCCGCAGCGCGCAGCUCAUCGCCUCGGCUAAGUAUUCUGCCAUCAAUGAAAUCAACAAGAUACAAGGAAAUAAGGCCUGCGUCUUUGUCUAUUUCAUCACGAAACUGUCCCGGAUGGAAAGUGACGCAUCCUACGUGGGGUUCCACGGAGGGCUGUGGCGGUCCGUGCACAUCGACGACCUGCGGAGAUCCACGACCAUGGUCGCCGACGUGACACAGCUGCAGGACGUGACCAUCAGCCAGCUGUUUUGACCCCCAGUCAGCUGAGGUGGGACGCGAGGCGAGGAGCGAGCAGGAGGAGGCGAUGGAAGUGGACACGGACGAACCUGGGACCGCGGCCGCGGGGGGCAUGGAGA